ACCUGGAGAAGUAAGAAGCAACCUGUGGUAGCUAGAAACCAAUGAAUGAGACGAUGUCGAAUUCUUCUGAGAGACUAGGAAAGCAUAUUGCAAACUCUGGGAAUCUUAUGCAGGAAGAAUCUGUAAGGCUGGUGAUAUCAAAUGAGCCAAGGAUAACUGAGGUCAAUGUCUUACAAACUCAAGCAGGAAUUAGGCUUAAAUCUCUCAGCUGGUGGAUGAAGGCCUUACUAUGGUGCUGCAUUUUGGUAAUACUUCUCCUUGUUUUCGUGAAAUGGGGAGUACCAUUUCUUCUUGAGAAGGUUCUCCUCCCGAUUAUGCAAUGGGAAGCUACUGCCUUUGGAAGGCCUGUUCUUGCUCUUGUGCUUGUUGCCUCUCUGGCAUUAUUCCCUGUAGUUUUAAUUCCUUCUGGACCCUCCAUGUGGCUGGCGGGGAUGAUUUUUGGAUAUGGUAUUGGGUUUGUGAUCAUCAUGAUUGGGACAACCAUCGGGAUGACCUUGCCCUAUUUGGUUGGAUUACUGUUCCGCAACCGCAUCCAUCAAUGGUUGAGGAGAUGGCCCCAGAACGCUGCUGUUCUUAGGUUGGCUGGGGAAGGAAGCUGGUUCCAUCAGUUUCGAGUUGUUGCACUCUUCAGAGUCUCACCAUUUCCCUACACCAUUUUCAACUAUGCUAUUGUGGUAACAAACAUGAGAUUUUGGCCCUACAUAUGCGGAUCAAUUGCUGGAAUGGUACCUGAAUCAUUCAUUUACAUCUAUAGUGGGCGACUAAUUAGGACGUUGGCAAACAUGAAGUAUGGAAACCAUCACAUGACCACUGUGGAGAUUGUGUACAACAUUAUCUCCUUCGUUGUUGCAAUAGUUGCCACGGUUGCUUUUACUGUCUGUGCGAAGAAAGCCUUAAACGAUCUUGAAAGGGAUGAGAGUAAUAAAGAAGCCGCCAUAAUUAAUCGUUGCAGUUUAGAGAUGGAAAAACUUCCACCAAAUAGGCCGGACCAUUUAGUUCUCUCUUCUUUCUCUGCAUAACCUGCAGACAGAGGCAUGGAUGCUGUAAAGUUAUGGUAGGAUAUAAUUGUUUUUUGAUGU